AUGAAUACCAGAGGACCCGCAUCUCAGCUGAAGGACAGUAUUCCAGUUACUGAACUUUCAGCAAAUGGACCUUUUGAAAGUCAUGAUCUUCUUCGAAAAGGUUUUCCUUGUGUGAAAAAUGAGCUUUUGCCCAGUCAUCUUCUUGAAUUAUCAGAAAAAAAUUUCCAGCUCAACCAAGAUAAAGUGAAAUUUUCCACACUGAGAAACAUCCGGGGUCUGUUUGCUCCACUAAAACUGCAAAUGGAAUUCAAGGCAGUGCAACAAGUCCAGUGUCUUCCACUUCUUCCACGCUCACACCUUUCACUGGGUAAUUUGAGGGGUAAUGAUGAGACCACUGGAUUUGAAGAUACUCUUAAUGACCCAUCACAAAGUGCACUAAUGGAGGAAUCACACUUGAUGGUGGGAUAUAAACUUGGUUUAGUGCAAUGCAGUGAACAGAGGCUGUUUCCUGCACAUCUCCAUGUUCCUAAGGCCCAACACACUGAGCCUACAGCCAAAAAACUCUUGGCUGGAAAAAUAAUCUCCAUUCCUGAACUGGCUGUAGAUCUGCCCAUUUGGGAUACUGAACCAGAAGUGUCCGGGGCUCCUGCAGAUGGAGGCGAAGCUGCUGGUGUGAAGUGUAAGCGGGUAGGAAAGCAGCAAGAGAUGUGCCAGGAGAGGGAGGCAGACUGGAUCAUAAAGGGCCAUAUUCUGGAGUUCGAAUUUCACCCAGAGGGAGAACAGGGAGCCAUUAAAUGGUUUAAAUAG